AUUCCAGUUCAUUAUUUUGGUGAGCUCGCGUUCAGCUGUCAAAGUACUUAACAAGUGUGUGACUACUAGUCUAGAGUAUUUUAAAAAUAUUAUGUGCAGUGAAUUAUUGUGAAACGAUCGUAUAGUACAUUUUCAUGAGAAAUUAAACAACAAUAUCGAUUUUAUUAUUGUUGCUUAGACUAAACUAACUAACAAUGGGGGUUUUACCGUGCAAUAAAUAUUUGUGAUACGUCAAAACAAAAAUCAAAAUAAAUACUAAAUUGCCUAACUGUGACUGUUACAAGACAUUUUUAUAAAUAAAUCACUGAUUUAAUCGAUCUAAAUAGUUUAAUAGACUCGACGUGGACGUUAGAGCUUAGUAGAAUAUACUUCAAAAUGUCUAAAGUGUCUUUAAGCAAUAUUCCAUCAAAUCCAAGAAUAAAUCGCCUGCGUACAUUUUCUAGGACCGAAAGUGAAACAUCAUGCGAGGAAGCAGCAAGAUUGACAGCAGAUGGAGCUGAUGAUGAUGACGAGGCUUAUGACUACCGAGAACUCCCACCACCGCCGGACGGUGGAUAUGGAUGGGUCGUGGUGUUCGCCUCGUUCAUGUGCAAUCUGGUGGUGGACGGCAUCGCCUACACAUUUGGGAUAUUCCUCUCAGAACUUGUCACAUUCUACGGCGAGGGUAAAGGGACGGUGGCUUGGGUUGGAAGUCUUUUGUCUGGAGUAUAUUUAGCAGCUGGUCCUGUUGUAUCAGCACUAUGUAAUAAAUAUGGAUGCAGAGCUGUCUGCGUGGCUGGUUCCUUCGUAGCAACGAUAGCAUUUGUCCUCUCCACCUUCAGUCAGAGUGUCACCAUGAUGAUGCUCACCUAUGGUGUUUUGGGAGGUAUCGGAUUUGGUAUGAUCUACCUACCCUCGGUGGUGGCAGUGGGCUACUACUUCGAGUCACGACGUUCCCUGGCCACUGGCAUCGCAGUGUGUGGUUCAGGAGUCGGCACAUUCAGUUUUGCACCUUUAGCCACCAUACUUCUUCAAGAGUUCGGAUCAUGGCAGAGCGCGAACCUUCUGCUGGCGGGGUUAAUCCUGAAUUGCGCGAUAUUCGGAGCCCUGAUGAGGCCACUUGUGUAUCCAAAGACUUCGGGUGAGAAGCCACUCCUCCAGCGGAUGGCCGAAGAGAAGAGGAUGCAGAUGGAGCGAGGGUCCAUCGGGGGAUCCUACUUCGUGGUGCAAUUGCCUGAUGGGACUAUGGAGAAGCGGAUGAAGGCCCCGCUAAACAUAGACCCGGGCGUCCACUCGUCGCUGAACCUGGAAGCGCUUGCCCGAGUGCCCACUCUGCCCAACAUGCCCAACGUGCCGACUGUGCCUACUUUGCCCACCAUCACCGAAGCUCGAGUGCCUGACGAGGUCAAGGAGAAGAAGGGUGAGAACGGGGCAACCCCGAACUCACAAGCCAUAUCUCGGAACGUGUCGUCCCCGGCCUUCAGUGCGCAGGCGCCAGGUCUGCCCAAGAACGGGUCCGUGCCGUUCUUCGACCGGCAACGGAAACAUAGCACCGGUGAUAGGUCAGACAAUGAUAGAUUUAAACCGUCAUUAGCUGCAAUCAAAGCAACGUCCAAAACGUCCAUUGCGAGUCAUCUAAAGGCUGAUGACUCGGAAGGCGUAUACAACUCGAAGUUGUCGGUGGCCGCUCCCAAAGAGCCCUCGAGAAUGGUCCGGCCCAUGUCCAGGAAGGACAUCUUCUAUUCCGGAUCAGUUCUCAACCUGCCUCAGUACCAGAGCCAGAAGUCUCUCCAAGGGUACAGGAACUCUGUGCUCAGUCUGCCCCAGAGCAGGCAGACCGGGGACUUGGAGAGACAGGAACAAUACGACCUGUGUCCCUGCCUGGGCCUGCCCGCGUCCUUCAAGUCGGCCCUGUCCUCGAUGCUGGACGUGAGCCUGCUGCGGGACCCUGCCUUCAUGAUGAUCGGCGUCUCCAACGUGUUCGGCAUGGCCGGCCUCUACGUGCCCUUCGUGUACAUCGUGGACGCUGCCGUUAUGAAUAAAGUGGACGAGUCGAAGGCGUCCUUCCUCCUUUCCAUAAUCGGGAUAACGAACACGUUCGGGCGGAUCAUGUGCGGCUGGGUGGCCGACUUCCCCUGGAUGGACUCGCUCCUCCUCAACAACAUCUGCCUGGUCAUCGCCACGAUAUCCGUAGCGGUAAUCCCCUUCUGUACGACGUACGCGGCCUAUGUGGCGGUGGCCAUCGCCUUCGGACUCGCUAUUUCCGGCUACAUCUCCCUCACCUCGAUAAUCCUGGUGGACCUGCUGGGCCUGGACAAGCUGACGAAUGCCUUCGGCCUGCUGAUCCUGUUCCGAGGAGCGGCGGCCAUCGUCGGCUCUCCUCUGGCCGGAGCCGUGUACGACGCGACCAAGAACUACGACGCCUCCUUCUACAUGGCGGCCGUUUUCUUUUUGGCCUCCACGAUCACUUCCUUCGCCGCCCCCAUGUUUAGGAGGAAACAAGAGGAGGCGGCCCAGCCCCUGGACGUUCUGACUCCCAUCGACGAGGACAUGGAGGAGGACGAGGACCCCGACGACACGCCCAUCACCAUGGGGGCCCUUCACCGACCCACCAUCACGCGCACCGCGGCCUCUCCCUCCGAACCGCCGACUCCCGAAAAGAAUCCCCCUCGGGGGGAGCAGAGGGAGAGCGUGCUCUAACCGAACGCCCGUCCGUAUACGGAACGACGCGUGUACGUUAAGCGUAUACUAUUAAAAGGGUAAUUGCGACUUUGCUCACGUCCAUAUUUUCCAUUUUUACGGAUACGACCCAAAAAUCAAUUCGAAAAAUACUCAGAUAAUCAAAUUAUGAAAACAAAUAUAAAAAAAUGUUUAACUAGAGUCACAGAUUAUAGCAAUAAGUUAGGAAUUGAUUUUAUAACGUGUUUUAGAUAGCAACACUAUGAUGAAGUUUGCCAGUUUGAAAAAUUUAACAGCGAUCUCAGUACUGUUUCAUUUAUUUAUUUCUACCGUUAUGGUAUUUUUUAUUCAUUAAAUAAAAUAAUUUACGUUUUGUAUUUUAAAACUAUCAAAAUUGAUAUAUAAAAAACUUCGAAAGAAAUUUAUAUAUAAAAUGUUUGAAUUUAUAUUUUGACAAAUUUUAAAUAAUUUUACUUUGAAUACGUCGAUUCUGAGGUACUAAAUAAGGUCUAGUGAAGUUAUUUUUCAAAGCUAGGUAUACAUAUAUACAUAUAUCUUAAUAAUUUCUCUACAUUGGUUGAUGAAUUUAAUAAUAUUGUCUUUAAAAUAAUUCUUAUCUCUGUCAACAUACCCGAGCUCUGGAUCGUGUAUUCGAUUUUUCGAAAAAAUUGCUUCGUUCCAAAACACGUAACAGUAGACCAUACUGACGUAUCCGUUUUACGUUAUCGACACAUUAACGUAUACGUUUUCUUACGAAACUUUGUUAAUAACUUAAAUCUCUUAAUUUCUGUAUGAAUUUUACGAGAAAGAGCUCGACAGUGCCAUAGCUAUUUGAAAUUGCAUUAGAUUAUAAAUUCACCAUAAAACGGUACUUACAAUAAGUACUUAGACAAAUGUAAAUACAAUGUACAUACACGUUUGAACAUAGAAGUAGCUAGGUCUGUAUUCCAGAACUUAAUUCAUUAUUCAGUUACAUCUGUCAGAUGUUCUUUGGCCACGAAGUGCGAACUGUCAAUGGAUGUCAUCUGUCAAUCCUUAUCAAGCAGUUAAAAUAAUAGUAAUAAUAAAGCUAUUAUUAUUAUUUUAACUCCUUACCAUUAAAAAUGAUUUCCAUUACUUCGUGUUCUGCAGUAUGGAUUUGGGUAAAGGCCUUUCCAUUUGGAUCUGUUGCUUCCUCCAUUUUUCCCCAGAAACCUCAACUGCGCCGUAAGCCCAUAGCUUUUGUGGUCUUUCCAAGUCUCUUUUUCCUGGAGGGCCUCCAGUUGAUGGCUUCGGCGGGUCAUCAUCAAUCUCCUGUUUUAGGUAUUUCGUUAUUUGACUUAUUGAAGCGAUUAAAAAAUGGGGGUGGCUGGCGGUCACCUUCGUGUGUUGUACGUGAAUACUCGUACGUUUAUGCACGAGUAUAUCUAUGAUUAAAACUUGAACGUCAGCUUCUUCAAAUCAAAGUAUAUAUUGCAAACCCCGUUACCAUAGAAAAUAACCUCAAAAUGGCGGCGAUGCGUCACACUUCUCGCUUGCAAUGAAUUCUUUGAUCCUUCAGCUAUCCAGUUGUAUAAUUUUU